UGAACGUCGUGAACCAGAAGCAAGAUUCUGGCAGAUAAACGGGAGGUCUUGAAUGACGUCAUUGGCUCAACCAAAAUUUAUAAUUCGUUUGACGAUCCUGCUUUAGCGCUUUCCUUGGCAAAUUGCAUCUUGAGAAUAGUCUGCGCAUGCGGCUUCGCAGUUUUACUGGAAUUUCUGUAUCUUUUAUGUAGUUGAGGCUAUCAUUUACAAAAUAUACUUUGGAGAUUGAUUGAGACCAUGUCGGCCACCAAGCGGACGGCCAGCGACGAGCCGCCGGCGGCCAGCGAGGAACCGCCAGAGAAGGGAGAGGUGGACGAGCGGCCCGCCAAGGUGGCCCGGAGGGAUGACCCGCCGCCCGCCACCGGCACCAAUGGAGCGGAGGAUGCGGCCGCGGCGGCCACCCCGCUGCCCAUCUCCCACCCGUUCCAGGCCCGGUUCCGCGCCGCCGAGCUGUCGGCCGGCCAGUACCAUGUGCUCGACGAGGCCGGCAGCGGCGACGGCAGCGGCGCCGAGAGCGCCGCCUCCGACUCGGACGAACUCGACGAGGACGAACUGAUGGAGAUGCUCGAUGCGGAUCUGCCGGAGAAAUUCAAAGGCACGCGACCCGUGCGGGGGCCCGGCGCUGCCGAGGACCCUGACGACGACUCAAACUACGAGCACCGCGACAAGGUGGUGCUGAAAGUGCUGGGCCGCCACCCGGUGGAGCCGCUGCCAGAGGACUGGGUGCAGGUGACGCACAUGAGCGGCAUGCCCAUCUACCUGCACCGGCAGUCGCGUGUCGUCACACUCUCGCGGCCCUACUUCCUCGGACCCGGCUCCGCCAGGAAACACGACAUUCCGCUGUACUCGGUGCCCUGUCUGCAAUAUCUCCGGGAGCUGGAGAAGGAGGGCGAACAGAAGGCGGACGCCGACCCGGCCCCGACCUGCCCGGUCACUGGGAACAGGGCAGCCUGUCCGGCAACUACCAACGGUGAGGUCACGGGCGCCAAUGGCGGCGCGGCUGUGGAGGCAGCUUUGGACAACACUGCCACUCAGAGUUCAGAGACGAACGCCGCGGGUGAGGCCGCCACAGAGAGCCGGGCAGAGUCGGCCGCAGUGGAGGACUCCGCUGUGGAGGAUAGUGCGGCGGAGACCGACACGGCCGCCGCCACGCCAGCCGCCUCGACCGUCCCGAGUCCGUCAGAGUCCACCCAGGCGGGGGAGGAGUCCGCGGCACCAACCCCGGCCGAGUCCGCGGCGCCCAGCCCGGCCGAAUCCCCCGCCCCGACCCCGGCUGAGUCCGCGGCCCCGACUCCAGUGGAGUCCGCGGCGCCCAGCCCCGCCGCGCCGGCCGCCGAGGGCGAGGGCGCCGCCGCGCCGGGCUCCAACGGCGUCCCAGUGGGCCCGGUACCGGUGGACGGCGUCUCGAUGGUCGACCCCUCCGUCACGCCGGAGGAGAUGCACAAGUACUGCGCGCGCCGCUUCCAGUUCAAGACAAUCCACCUGAUGAAGUUCAACACGUGGCGCGAGAGGCGUCACUACCUGCGCAAGAAGCGCACCCAGCGACCGCAGAUGUCCAGUAAGACCAAACUGCUGUCGUUCCCUGUCCGGCCCAGUCGCAAAUCGGCCGCCGUGCCCGGCACGCGGCUCAGAGAGUGGGUGCUCAACCCGGGCGGCAAGAGUUACGUGUGCAUCCUUCACGAGUACCUGCAGCAUGUGCUGCGCGAACAGCCCGUCUACAGCUACUCGGAGCUCAAGAACGCGGCCACGCCGUACGGCGCCACGGUGUCCCUGAACUCGGUCCAGUACGGCAGCGGCUACGGCUCCAGCAAGAAGCAGGCCAAGAGCGAGGCGGCCAAGGCCACGCUGCAGAUCUUCAUCCCGAACCUGAUGGAGCAGAUCGAGGCGGACAAGACGGUGCAGGGCAGCGCCAAGCCGGCCGACAUGGAUCUGUCCUUUUUCGACUCGAUCCGGCUGGAGGACCCGCGCGUGGCCGACCUCUGCAGCAAGGCGGCCGAGCCAUCCCCCUUCACAAUACUACUGGUGUGUCUGCAGCGCAACUUCGGCCUCACCAGCAACCAGGUGGCGUGCAAGCUGCACACGACCAAACACAAACAGAACGAGUUCGAAAUGACCGUGGGCAAGCACACGGCGCGCGUGCCGUGCAAGAACAAAAAGGACGGCAAACACCUGGCCGCCCAGUCGCUCCUCCAGCAACUGCACCCGCACGUGACGUCGUGGGGCUCCCUGCUGCGGAUGUACGGCAACCACUCGAGCAAGUCGCUGAAGGUGAAGCGGCAGGAGGAGCAGCAGAUCACGCUGCUGCAGAGCAAGGCCACCGUGAACUCGCCCAACUACGCCAUCCUCAACAAACUAAGGGAGGAGAUGGGCAAACUGCAGGAGCGUCAGGUGCGUCCGAUCGGACUGCUGCAGCUGUCCGACCUGCACGAGGAGGAGCAGGGCCGCUCCGAGUCGGGCGUCACACUGGACGCCGUCGACCUCUGAGCGGGCUGUGCCGACCGACACGCCAAUCUCUGAGCUAAUGGUGACGGUCCGCCCAGAGCCUGAUCUCCGGCGGUGAGCGCUGCGGUCGCUGAGCGGGGUAUAGCGACCGAUACGCUGAGGUACCGUCGGCGUCGACCGCCCGUCAGCUGCUUGCGAUGACCGGUGCGGCCGCGCUGGGAUGCGAUCACCGGUUCUGGAACACGAUCAUUACCUGUUCCGACGAGCGUUAGGCUGUUCUAGUCCGCGGCAGUGUGCAAGAUGAAGGUUGACGCGUGAUAUUCCGGGCCGGUGUCCAUUGAGUGUGACAUGGCUAACCUGAUUAGUACAGAUGUCAUAGAUACGAGAACCCGUGUCCGCUGUUUUACCAGCCCAGCUAUCUCACGGCCGGCCAGGCUGCGACGUCUUUCCCUCAGCCGUGUUUUCAACCGCUCAGGCCAUGAACAAAAGGACAGUCAUAGUAGUCUCCUUUCGAUGGGACUGUAGCCAGCGAAUAAAGGGGGAAACAGUUAAGACAAAUCCCUGUGGCUAGCCCGAAUGACGGCAGAAUGGCAGAGUCGGCCUCCCGCCUGCUAGCGAUGUGGCAGAGGUCAUGCCUGCGCUCCGGUGUUUCAUGAUGAGCUUCUAGUGAGUGUCGUCUCUGGAGACGCCGGCUCGGGUGAAGCAGCUGCUUAAUCGAGGGUGCUGAAGUGUUUUGUACGGUGUUCUAUUGUGUGGUGCCUGUAACCAUGCUGAUGACUGUUGUAGCCCGGCAUUUUCAGUUUGGUUGAAUUGUUCUGAGUGUUCGCGAUAUCUUAAGCGCCAAAGUUGCCACAGAUGCAUGGAGAUUGUAUCCUAUAAAAAUGUGAGCUCUCCCACUCGUGGCGUGAGAUUUGUGUCCCGUGUUUCAAACUUUGGUCAUCCAGUUCACUUAUUUGCUUAAAAUCUGUUAACCUCAUUCACUUCAGUUCACAGAGAUCAGACGUUAGUGGCAUUUAUGAUGACGAUCUAAUCCUCGCAGUACAAUUUCUCUUGUCACGUAGUGUUCGAUUACGGAUAGGCAUACCUCAUUUCACUCAUGCUGAGGCCUCAAUAAAAAUAUUUUCAUUUAGAGCACAUGUUUGUCAGUGGUACAAUAAAGCCGACAUUGCUUUGCA